UCGGUCGCGUUUUUUUUCUAUCUCUCCGUCGCAAGUAAAAACAAACAGUCAUCCGCCGAACAGUGUGUGUGUUUGAAAAAUAUUAUUCAUUCCCCCCACAAAACGAACUAAUUAGAUUAUUACGAAGGAAAAAAUCAGCAACAGUUUUGAGUGUCGUCACGAUGAAAGCCCUUCAGCUAGCCUUGGCUGGCGUUUUGCUGGCAACGGCAGCCGUCUGGGCCUCACCGGUGGAAACCGGCGGACGGCACCUGGUCGGAGCGAAGGAGUGCACCUGGGGACCGUCCUACUGGUGCUCCAACCUGAAAAACGCCAAGGGCUGCGGCGCCGUCACGCACUGCAUCCAGACGGUGUGGGAGCGCCAAAAGUACCCGGUGGACAACGACGAAAUCUGCAACAUCUGUCUGGACAUGGUCAAGCAGGCCCGGGACCAGCUCGAGAGCAACGAAACCCAGGCGGAUCUGAAGGCCGUGUUCGAGGGCUCGUGCAACCUGAUUCCGAUCAAGGUGGUCAAGAAAGAGUGUAGAAAGUUGGCGGACGAUUUCAUCCCGGAGCUGGUCGAGGCGUUGGCUUCGCAGAUGAACCCGAACGUGGUGUGCAGCGUUGCGGGGUUGUGUAAUAAUGCUGCGAUCGAUCGGAUGUUGGAGGAGAUGCCGGCGGUGAAGCCGAAGGACAAGGAUGAUUUGGAGGAGCCGAUGACGGAGGUGGCGAUUGAGAAGCGGGAGGAGGAAUUUUGCUGUGGCAAAUGUAACCGGAUUGCGGGGUUGAUUUCGGACCGGUUCCACGCGAGCGAUCGCGAUCAGGUGUUGGAGGGAUUUUUGCGGUUCUGCGGCCAGAUGGGAUCGUUCUCGGACGGGUGUUCGAGCGUGGUGUUGACGUACUUUAGCGAGAUUUACGAACAUCUGGAGAAGGAGCUGACCGGGAAGAAUGUGUGUCACAUGACGGGGGCGUGCGCUGGAAUGUAUCAUCAGCAUGAGGAGGAGAAGAGCAGCGAGGAGAUCGAGGUUCGUCCGAUGGGUGGAGUCGGUGUGAUCAACGUGAACGGUGAAGAUCAGCAGCAGUUCGGGGAUGAUAUUCCGUGCAAGCUGUGCGAGCAGCUGGUGGAUCACCUGAGGGACGUGCUGGUGGCGAACACGACCGAGCUGGAGUUCAAGGAAGUGUUGGAGGGACUCUGCAAGCAGACCAAGACGUUCGCUUCCGAGUGCUUGAGCCUGGUUGAUCAGUACUACGAGGAGAUCUACGGCACGCUGGUGCACAACUUGGACAGCAAUGCGGCUUGCUUCAUGAUCGGGGUUUGUCCGAAGGGACUGGGAGCUUCUGCGCUGGAUGGUCCGAUAAUGCCGAUUGUUCCGGUGAAGGUCGCCGUCAAGGUUGGCGAGAACAAGCCGCCGCGCAAGCUCCUUACCGGAGAGGGCGAAGCCAAGCUGUCUGCCGUCGAAGUUCAACAGGCUCAGCUGCCAAUCGAUCGCUUGAUGGGAGCGCCGGCUUCGCUGCACCUCGUUGAGAACGGUCAGUUCUGUGCGCUGUGCGAGUACUUCAUGCACUUUGUCCAGGAGGCGCUCAGCGAACCGGGCAACGAAGACGAAAUCAAGAACGUCGUCGGAAAUACCUGCGAGAAGCUGCCCAAGGCCAUCCGCGGAGAGUGCCACACCUUCGUAGACCUGUACGGCGAUGCCGUCAUCGCUCUCCUGAUCCAAUCGAUGGACCCCCGCCAAGUCUGUCCCCAACUCCGCAUGUGCCCGGCCUCCAACGACGACAUCGAAAUCUUCGCCCCGGCCCCGAUUGAUGUGACGAUCGACGCCAACGCCGGCCAGGACAAACCCACCUGCCCGCUCUGCCUGUUCGCCGUGUCCCAGCUCGAGGAGUCCAUCAAGAACGACCGCACCAAGGAGAACGUCAAGCAAGCCCUGGACAAACUCUGCUCGCACCUCUCCUCAAAGCUCAAGCUCGAGUGCACCGACUUUGUCGAAACGUACUCCGCCGAACUCAUCGAAAUGCUCGUCUCCGACUUCACCCCGCAGGAAAUCUGCGUCUACCUGAAGCUCUGCGUCGACCAACGCCCGGACCUCAGCCUCCUCAACAUGGAGUUCGACCGCGACAACCGCCAACAAACCCUCCGCCGGCCCUCGUACGACAUCGAAACGAACGAAAUCGCCGACAUCACCGUGAACGGGCAGAUCGCCGUCGACCACCAGGCCACCGUCAGCUCGCCCGAGUGUCUCGUGUGCGAGGAGAUGGUCAAGGAGGUGGAGAAGCGCAUCCAGAACAAGAAGAGCAAGGAGCAGAUCAAGGAGGCACUCGAGCACGCCUGCGACCGGCUGCGCAAGUACAAGACCAAGUGCGAGCGGUACAUUGACCAGCACGCGGACCAGAUUGUGGACCUGCUGAUGAAGCAGCUGUCGCCGAAGGAGAUCUGCCGGACGCUUGGGUUCUGCCUCGCGAAGGAGGUCGAUGAGUUGGAAGUCGACGAAGCGCUGCUGGACUACGUCGUUGAACCGGCCGUCGCCGAACCCCCGAAGGAGCUCAUCUCCCCGGUGGAGGUCUCCGCCGCCGAAACCACCAACCAGCCGCCGCAGUGCGCCAUCUGCGAGUUUGUGAUGGUCAAGCUGGAGUCGGAGCUGGCGGACAAGAAAACCGAAGCGGACAUUGAGAACGCGGUGCGAAGUGUGUGCUCGAAGCUGCCGAACACCGUCACGAAGCAGUGCGACAAGCUGAUCGACCAGUACGGCCAGUUCAUCAUCAAGUUCCUGGCGACGCUGCCGCCGAAGGAGAUCUGCACGCGGUUGGCACUGUGCGAGCAGCAGCUGCAGCGGCUGGAGGAGAGCAGUCUGGAGAUUAUCGAGUGCGCCGUGUGUCAGGGCGCGAUCAAGACUGUGGAGGAGAUCCUCGGCAACAAGAAGGUCGACUACGACAUCGUGCAGGACGUGGAGAAGAUCUGCAACACGGUGCCGGCGCGGUACUACGAAAAGUGCGUCAAGAUGGUCAAGGUGUACGGCAUCAGCAUGGUGCGCCAGCUGGAGAACUUUGUCGAGCGCGAGCAGGUGUGCGUGAACAUGGGCAUGUGCAGCAGCCCGUCCGGAUAUGUGCGAUUUGAGGACGAGGUCGCCGAGGUGGACCACGCGGAGAAGAAGCAUGCGUACCAGGUCGGCGCCAAGGAGUGCACCUGGGGACCGGCGCACUGGUGCUCGAGCGAGGAGAACGCCCAGAAGUGUAAUGCCAGCAAGUUCUGCUCGGAGAAGAAGCUCGGCAAGUGGCAGGAGUAGAGCGCGAUGAUCGACAAUAGUCAAAAUAAGCUGGAAUGUUGUGAAAAGUGGUUUAGUAUUUAAGCAUCUGCAAAAAAAAAAGAAACGUAAACGAUACCAAGAAGUGCUAUAAUAGUUUGAUUGUAAGGCGAUUCUCCGUGUCUGAUUAGAAUCAU